UUUUCAGCUUCCUGCUCAGUCAGGAGGUGAGCAUCUGUGGUUCACCCACAAUCCAGCAUCACCAAGAGAUCACUAGUGAAUUCUUCUCAGGUCUGAGCACCAAGAUGACAGCUACAGAGGCUUCAGUGGAAAUGUUAAAAACAGACCUUAGAUUCACAGAUGGACUGGAAAAAGCUGAACCUGGUAAAGUAAUUGAUGAAAUUAGAAAAAUUAUAAGAGGGGCAUUUUUACUCCCCAAAGAGAAAGUAUUUUGGUAUUUAUGUUUUGCAGGUAAAAGUCUUCAAGAAAAGUUUCUAGCAGUUAUAUAUCCUGUAACUCCUAUCAAAAUUUAUUCAUGCUUUUCUAUUAUCUCAGUCCUAAUUUCAAAUGUCAUUGCACUUGCUGUAAUUUUGUCACAAAAAAAUAAGGAGCAGACCUUAGAGAACUCUGUGUUGUCUUCCUGCCCAAAAGAUUGGAUAGCAUUUGGAAGCCAGUGUUUAUAUUUUGCUGAAGAUAUGGGGAAUUGGACAUUCAGCCAGACCUUUUGCGCUAACUUUGAAGCCGGUAUUGGUCAGUUUGAAAGCCAGGAGGAACUGAAUUUCCUGAAAAGAUAUAAAGGUCUUUCUGAUUAUUGGAUUGGCCUUAACAGAAAAGCAUCGUAUCACAUAUGGAAGUGGACAAACAACACUAAAUGUAAAACCUGGUAAGUUUUCAGAGUUUUUUUUUUACUUCCAUUGUGUUCAUGUGUGCGAUUUGUGUGUUUGAGAUGAGAAAAUUAUCCACAUGUAAAGUGCAUUGCACUAGCAGAUAAAAAAAUAUGAAUCCUGGACUCAGUAGUAGACAGUGUGCUUAGUAUGCUCAAGGCCCAAAAUUCCAUCCCCAUUAAACUCCACACACACCCAAAAUACAAAUAUUUUUAUGCUCUUCCAUUUACUACCUGUGUCUCUAGAAAGAAAUUAUAUUAUUGUGAUUUUGCUUGACAUCUUUAGCAGGAUGAUGGCAUCUAGCAUAGUUCUUGUAGUCUCAUGCAUACACUAAUUUAGAACUUUGCUGAUAAACAGAGAGGACUGUGAUAUCUAGCCAUUGAAGGACUGACAUUUGUAAGACUCAUAUAUGUCCACUCUUUACACUGCUGCAUCCAUUCAUAAAAGCAAAGUUUCCAGAGAAACAUUGUGAAUCUCUUCUAAUGUUUCAUUAUCAGAAGGAAAUCAGUGGAUAAAUCCAUUUGAUGGGUAAUAAUUUUAAUGGAUUCUUGGUAACUGGGGCAUGGCUCAGGGAAGUAGGUACAUUGACAGAAUAAUCUGAAACAUCAAAUACACUAUUCUCCUUCUAUUUUGAAAUAUAGUAAUUAGAUAAUUUGUCAUCCCCAAUGGCAUAUGUUGGAUAUUGAAAGGGGCAUUAAAAAUGUUGUGCUGGAAUGACAAACAUAGGCUGAUAAUUUCCCAAAUUUUUAAAUAUAGAUAUGUAAGAAAAAAAAAAAGGAGACAGAAGCAUAGUUAUUAGGCAAAAGCAAAAGCUGCUCGCCCAAGCUGCUAGCUUUAUUUACAUCCUUAGGUUACUUUAGAUCAUUGACAUCAUUGGUACAUAUUGUUCAUUGUAUUACUAGGCAGGUAACAGACUCAGCAAUAUUAUGAAGCUUAUUCCUCAGUUACAUACUAAGUUGCAAUGGGCAAUGUUAGGAGCUUUGUGUAGUUCUCAAGAAAGUCCAUUGUAUAAAGUUACUGUCAUGUGGACAGAUUUAGGCACAGUGAAACAUUGUAGUUGUCUAAUAAGAGAGUUCCAUUAUUCCCAGGAGGCGUGUGUGUGAGAUCAAGGUCAAGGCUGAUAAGACACUAACUCAGAGCCUCCUCCUGAAGGACAUUGCUCCAGUAGCUGGACAUUCUGGGUCUUUGUACAGAAGUUUUCCCAGCAGCCAGGUAUUCUGUGUCUUUGCACAGAAACUUCCUAGUCAACCACCAUGCCACAGUCAUGAAGCUAUUAGAGACCUCAAUCCCAGACACAGAAUCCUUCCAUAGAUAAAUGGCAUACACUAGGGGUAUGUACUUGGGGAAAUCUUAGCUCCUGGUCCCUUCUGCUGUGCCUAUCCCUGCUUCCUGAGUGCCAUGAGCUGAGAAGGUUACCUCUGCCAUGCUCUUCUACCAUGAUGCUCAUCCUCACAUCUCUUGGGGUGGCCAGGACCUUGCCAAUGAAUUCUUACUGGUUUGGAGGGAUAAGCCUCCUAAGAAAUGAAAGUCUAUAAGAAUUAUUGAAGAACAAAGGACAAAGUCAGAAAGCUAUCUUCAAAAAGUUGGAGCCCCUGAUAGGUCCAGUCCACACAGGAGCUGGAGCUAGACAAUUAGAAAAUGACUCCUGAGGUUUAUAUAAAGGGACACCAAAGGCAGGGACAAGUUUUCAGGAGUAGAGCCAUACUUCAUGAUGUCUUGUAGUCAGCAUGUUGAUUGGCAUCUUGGAAGGUCACACCCAUCUAAGAAGGGCUGUGUGGCUACAGCAGGUUACCCCAUAUACAGUGCUCUGUGGGAUCAUUGACAGAGCUUCAAUGGAGCUCAAAAUAUGUCUCAGAAGAGGAAAUGUUCACUGGAAGUUCCUAGACACCAUCUUAUCCUUUUCACUAGUCUGUGGAAUACAAUUGAGUCUACAGAGCCCAUGGAUGGCUCUCAACACACAUAAGGCUGAAAGCACUGGACCUAGCUGACCAUGGACUGAAACAAUGAGCCAAAAGAAAUCUUAGCACCUUUAAAUUGUUAUAAACAUUUCAAUUAUGGUAAAGUAAUCAUCUAUCAGAACAGAUAAAAUAUAGGGGCACAAUCACUUUCAUCAUAAAUGUUAAACUCUUAGGAAUUUAGUAGUAAGUGAUUUUUAAAUAUCUUCAGACAUUUAUGAAACAAGUGGAGAUCAAACUAAAAAUAAUCUUCAGAAAAAGCCACCAAUGACAACAGUUUGGAGACAACAGCAAGCACCAGUUAAAUACCUAAUCAAUAACAUAUAAGUGGGCUUGGGAUAGAUGAAUGAUAAACUUGUGUUAUUCAAGCAAAGACCUUGAGAAUGUAAAGGAAACUAAAUGCAGAAAUAGUAUAUAUUACCACUGGCACAUUUCUCUUGUUCACAUUAAAAAAACAUGGAGGGUUGAUGCUGGACAGUGUAGUGGAGAAGCAAAUGUGGAUGUCCAGCCUAUGAAUAUUUAAUAUUUUUGUGUCAGAUUUUAGGUUUUCCAUCAAAGGAUUUGGAGGAUGUACCUACCUGAAUGGUAAUGGGAUCAGCAGUGCCAGGAACUACACAGAGAGUGUCGUUGCACCCUCUCUUCCACAAAAAAAUCUUAAUUAAGCUUCUCCAGAAACCCUUACCAUAAUUAUUCUUAGACUUUUGGCAAAAAUUCCUGCAAAAGAAUUCUCAGGUGAAGGUAUGUUUGCAGAAGCAUUGUGAGAUAAGACUUAUCCAAGGCUUUCACAGAAACAUUCGCAUUUUAAAAAAAGUCUGGCCAAGACUGUCCAUGGGCAGGGAGAACCUAGGCUACAACAAACCCCACCACUACAGCCCACCACUGGUGCUGAAAGUUGGAGCAAGUGAAGCCAGAAUUAGACAGGCAGUCAUUGUAGAUAGGUAGAUCAAGUCAGUUGGGUCUUGGAGGCUAAUUUUGAGUGAGUCUGGGAAGUUGAAGACUGUGUUACCCCUUCCCCACCCCCAGAGAUCUUAUCAAGAAGCUGCCCCUGCUCCAACAUCAUGUCAAGGUAACCUGUCCCAGGAAUUUCCCCUCCCUACAUGGAGCUAUAAGGUUGUUAAUGUGUCCUUGGCUACUACACCCCACCCUUCCCCCUUCAGCCCACAUAUUUCACACCUUUUGGCCAUCACACUCAGCAUUUCUUGGCCUAGUCAAGUACUCAGGAAGGAGAAAGAUAAGGGUGGGAAGGCAGGAGAACAUAGGAAUCCUAGGACAUAUAAAAAGAGGUGAACACCUCUUUGCUUCUUGGAAUGCCAGGAUACCAGCUAUGACCCCCUUCUCCUUUGUGGGAGAAGUCUAUGUUACCCCUUUUCAAAUAAACCUUGCUUCAUAUGCUU